GGAGGCGCUGUAGCCAUUUCGCCACAUGAAAGCCCGAUGAGCUGAACGACCGACAUCCGAGUUGCUCGUGGAGAGAAGAGGGAAUCAGCUUUGAGGAGCUCCGCGCGCACACGGGCGUACACGAACUCGCGCGCAAAGACGCACGGCGCGCAGACACGUACACUUCCUCCUCCUCCGCGGUGGAAAAAAGGGAGAGAGAGGAACAGGGAGAGGGCACACGAAACGCAAACUUCCAACUCUCCCAUGUGGAAAGCAGAGGUCUGAGGAUAAGGUAUACAUUUACCCCUUCGGAGCUCCGUUCCUUCCCCCCUCUCUCCCUCUCUUUCUCUCCCUCUCUCAGUGUUUUUGCCGGGAUAGUUGUGUUUCUAUGAGAGUCUUGCUCCGCGACAAGAGAAGUUUGGUUGUUUGCCUGUCGGCUGAGGAGGAGGAGGAGGAGAAGAAGAGUCGGGUUAAAAGUGGGGGAAGAUGGUCCGCAACGCCGCUUGGAGAAGAAGCUUGCUGUGCGUCCUGGCGCUCAGUCUCGGCUUUGCGUCCCCGCCGUGCAACGCUCGGAUUUACACCAACCACUGGGCAGUCAGGAUAGGCGGUGGACCCGAUGUGGCCGAGCGGAUAGCAGACAAAUAUGGCUAUAGGAACAUGGGACAGAUUGGGGAUCUCAAAGACCACUAUCACUUCUUCCAUAGUCGGACCAUCAAGAGGUCGACUUUGUCCAGCCGUGGUCGCCAUAGUUUCAUCUCCAUGGAGCCCAAAGUGGAGUGGAUACAGCAGCAGGUGGUGAAGAGGAGGAUCAAGAGGGAUUACAAGCCGGUCCCGCCCCUUUCUCUGUCAAGCCCCGCCCAAAGCACGCCGGCCCAGAACAACAUAUUCUAUAAUGACGCCAAGUGGAGCAGUAUGUGGUACAUUCACUGCAACGGCGACAUCCAUAACUGCCAGUCCGACAUGAACAUCAUGGGGGCCUGGAAGAUGGGAUACACGGGUAAAAAUGUGGUGGUGACCAUAUUGGAUGACGGCAUUGAGAGGAACCACCCAGACCUCGUUCAGAACUACGACGCUCAAGCUAGCUUCGACGUCAACGGCAACGAUAUGGAUCCCAUGCCUCGAUAUGACGCGACCAACGAGAACAAACACGGGACGCGGUGUGCGGGCGAAGUUGCUGCAACCGCAAACAACUCCGACUGCAUUGUGGGAAUUGCCUACAAUGCCAGAAUAGGAGGUGUGCGGAUGCUGGAUGGGGAUGUUACGGACAUGGUGGAGGCCAAGUCUCUGAGCCUCCAGCCGCAGCACAUCGACAUCUACAGUGCCAGCUGGGGACCUGAUGAUGAUGGAAAGACUGUGGACGGACCGGCGUCUCUUGCCAGACAGGCCUUUGAGAAUGGCAUCCGCAUGGGGAGGAAAGGACGCGGCUCCAUCUUCGUGUGGGCUUCAGGCAACGGCGGGCGCAGCAGAGACCACUGCUCCUGCGACGGCUACACCAACUCCAUAUACACCAUCUCCAUCUCGAGCACAGCCGAGAGUGGACGCAAGCCGUGGUACCUGGAGGAAUGCUCGUCCACACUGACCACCACCUACAGCAGCGGGGAGAACUAUGACCGAAAGAUUAUCACAACAGACCUGAGACAUCGGUGCACAGACAGUCACACAGGGACAUCGGCCUCGGCUCCCAUGGCUGCUGCCAUUAUUGCUCUGGCCCUCGAGGCAAAUCCUGUUCUAUCAUGGAGAGAUGUUCAGCACAUCAUCGUAAAGACGUCUAAACCCGGACAUCUCAGCGCUCCUGACUGGAAGACGAAUGCUGCUGGUUACAAUGUCAGCCACCUGUACGGCUUCGGUCUAAUGGACGCCGAGGCGAUGGUAAAGGAGGCAGAGAAAUGGAAGCAAGUCCCUUCUCAGCACGUCUGUGUCGAGAGCGCAGACCGACAAAUUAGAACUAUCCGUCCAGAGCAUGUUGUCCGUUCGGUGUACAAGGCAACAGGAUGCACUGACAACCACAACCACCACGUGAUCUUCCUGGAGCAUGUGGUUGUACGUAUUACAAUCACGCACCCUCGCCGUGGGGACCUGUCAAUCAACCUGACCUCACCCUCAGGGACCAAGUCUCAGCUGCUCGCCAACAGGUUGUUUGAUCACUCCAUGGAGGGUUUUAAGAACUGGGAGUUUAUGACCACCCACUGCUGGGGAGAGAAGGCAGCAGGCGACUGGGUCCUAGAGAUCUACGAUUCACCUUCUCAACUCCGUAGCCAGAAAGUACCGGGCAAGCUGAAGGAGUGGUCGCUGGUGCUGUACGGCACCACCGAGCACCCGUACCUUCCGAUACCCAAGCCCCGCUCCACCCACACCGACGAGGAGUUCACAGAGGAGUACAACGGCCCCUGUGACUCUGAAUGCAAUGAGAAUGGAUGUGAAGGUCCUGGACCCCAUCACUGCAACAACUGUCUCCACUACUUCCUCAAGUUCAAGAACAACACAAAGAUGUGCGUGUCAGAGUGCCCCAGUGGCUUUUUCCGUGACGACAGGAAGCGCUGCAAGAAGUGCUCCUCGUUGUGUGAGACCUGCGUUGGUAGCCGGAGUGACCAGUGCACCACGUGCAGGACUGGUUUCCAUCUUAACGAGGGCUCCAACACGUGUGUCGCCAACUGUGCCGACAACUUCUACCUCGACCGUGAUUCCAACAUUUGCAGGAGAUGUCCAGAGAACUGUAAGAGGUGCACCGCCUCCAUAAUCUGCACAGAAUGUAAACCUGGGAUGAGUCUUCAAGCAAACAAGUGUCAGAUGACCUGUGACCCGGGUACAUAUUACAAUGGUCACAGAAGAACUUGUGAGCCCUGUCAUCGGGCCUGUGCCACCUGUGCAGGCACAGGAGUAGAGGCGUGCACUAAGUGUGCAGAUGGCUACUUACUUGAGGACUGGCGGUGUGUGUCAACAUGCAGCACCGGCUACUACCUGUCAGAGCAGACCCCAGACAACGGGCAGGUGCAGAGGUCCUGUAAGAAGUGUGACCAUAGCUGCUACGACUGCUUGGGGCCCGGUGAAAGAAACUGCAGCACCUGUGUCAGUGGUUACAAUCUGGAGUCAGGAGCCUGCGUGGUCAGCACCAUCUGCAAAGAUGGAGAGUACAUGGGUCAUAAGCAGUGUCACCUGUGUGAUGUGACCUGUCAGCAGUGCACAGGUCCGGAGAGAGACGACUGCACCAGCUGCCCUGCAACACGGUUAUUUGAUGACGGACGCUGCGAAAUCCGCUGUCAGAAGGGCCGAUAUGCGAUGGGGAGGCAGUGCCAUCUCUGUCACCACACCUGCCAGGAAUGUGCUGACGAGGGACCUGACAGCUGCACCAGCUGUGACAGAGAUAAGUUUGGGGUUGCCAGGUACCUCUUUCAGAAUCAGUGUCGGGAUGCCUGUCCGGAGGGGUUCUUCCACUCCUCGAGGAGUCGGUGUGAGCCCUGCCCUGCAGACUGCAUCAUCUGCACGGCAGAUCACUGCCUCCACUGCGGCCCGGGACACAAGCUCAGACACGGCCAGUGCGUGCCGUUGGAGUGCAGGCCAGGUGAGGUUGCAGAUGCAGAGGAUGAGGACUGUCUCCCCUGUGACGAGGGCUGCAAGCAGUGUAAGCGCAAGGAUUCUGGAGAUCAGACGCAGGAAACCGUUUGCCUCAAAUGUGAAGACACUUACUACCAGUUAGGUUCAGACUGUCAUCAGUCCUGUCCAGAUCGGACCUACAGUGUGGACGACACCAUGGUGUGCGCUCCAUGUGAAGACAAGAACUGUGUGAUCUGUGACCCGACUCAGUGCUACUUCUGUGAAGAGGGAUUCUACGUCUUUGACGGAGGGUGUGUGGACCACUGUAAGGAAGGAUUCUUUGUGGAUAAGGAGAGCCAGGACUGUGAGCCGUGUCACCGCGCCUGUCGCACCUGCGGAGGGCCACGGUUUGACGACUGUGACUCCUGUGAAGACGACUUCACGCUGAGGAACGGGGAGUGUUUAGAGGGCAGGCAGCUCGCUCUCUGCUCUGAGAAACACUUCAGAAACAUCCAGGGCGAUUGCGAGCUGUGUCACUCGUCUUGUAAGACUUGCUCCGGUGCAGAAAAGGAGGACUGCACCAGCUGCAUCUCAGGUCGGUUUUUGACCGCUCAGCAGACCUGCAUGCCUCGCUGUCCACCUGGUACCUUUGCCAACAAGAUGUCCAGUCAGUGUGAAGAAUGCUCCAAGGGAUGUGUCAUGUGUCUGGAUGCCCAGCACUGCCAGCGCUGUCGCAACGGGCUUUACCUGCACAAUGGAGUGUGUGUGGUGGAUUGUCAGAGAGGGUUUCCUAAAGGUGGUGCAUGCCAGCCAUGUGCCCCAGAGUGCACAUCCUGCAAGGGAAAUUCCUCUUAUUGCCUGAGCUGUGAGACAGACUAUCUGCUGCUGGACCACACCUGCCGGUCUCACUGUCUGCCGGGCUACUACGCCACAGAGACUGAAUGUCUCCACUGUCCAGCUCACUGUAGAGACUGCAAUCAGGGAGGCUUGUGUAAGAAGUGUGACCAGUAUUACUUCCUUCAUGAGGAUGAGUGUUUGGACGAUUGUCCUGACGGCUACUUUGCCAGCGAGCAGCAACAGGAGUGCGUGCGCUGCCAUGCUGAUUGUGCCUCGUGUGACGGCCCGGACUUCGACGACUGUGAUGUGUGUCGGAACCCCAAAGCUGUCCGUUACAACGGAGAGUGUCUGCCUAAGUGUCCCUCUUACACUUACUAUGACGAGACUACCAAUGAAUGCAGAGACUGUGACAAGUCAUGCCUGACCUGCUCGGGCCACGAGCCGUCAUCCUGCCUCAGCUGCGGUACCGACAGGCUUCUGGAUGCCAGUGGACACUGUGUGUGGUACAGUGAGUGCUCUCUGCGCUCAUACAAGGACAAGAAUGGGGAGUGCCAACAGUGUCACAAAAUCUGCCACCGCUGUUUUGGGCCAGACAAAGACCAGUGCCUUAGCUGCAAUGAGCCUUACUUCCUCUUGAACAGCACAUGCAUGUCGAAGUGUCCUGUAAGUUACUACGCCGAGGACAAGGACGAACGUUCGUGUGAGCGCUGUCACUUCAGCUGUCAGUCCUGCGUUGGCCGUCACAGCGUGCAGUGUGUCACCUGCAAACCUGGAUUCUUCAAGCAGGGAAUCAGCUGCGUCGAAGUCUGUUCAGAGAGUUACUUUGCCAACACCUCCACCAUGGUUUGCGAGCGAUGUGACCCCUCUUGCAGCCAGUGUUGGGGUCGGGGAAACAGAAACUGUCUAAGCUGUCGGGCGGACUUUGUCUACCUGAAGCAGUGGGGGCAGUGCCUGCGGAGCUGUCCUCCAGGCUUCUACAAAGACAGGUGGUCCAAGACCUGUCACAAGUGCCACUCCACCUGCAAGACCUGCAGCGAUGAGGGCGCUCUGGCCUGUCAGUCCUGUUACGAAGGCUACAAGUUCCUGAGUGGCAUCUGUGACUCAGAGUGUCUCAUAGGUUUCUAUGCUGCUUCACAGGGCUCAGACUCCAAAAAUGAUGAGCCAGUCUGCCUGGCAUGUGAUCCGUCCUGCCUGGACUGCCGAGGACCAAGCACACACAACUGCACAGUGUGCCCUGCACUCCAGAUCCUGUCUGAUGACGGCCGCUGCCUGUCCUGCUGUGGAAAUGAGACACGCCACGAUAAUAAACCCAUAUCCAGGGAGUGCUGUGACUGCACAGUCUCACGAGACGAAUGCAUCCUGGGGGUCAAUUUUGUGAUGAGGAAAUUUGAGAACCAAAGCAGCACUCCUAAAGUCUUAUUCACUGCCUGUGUCCUGCUUAUCCUCACUGUGGGCGGAGUGAUCUUCAUCUUCCUCAAUGCUCGGUCUAAGUCAGUCGCCAGCGGACCCAAAACCAAAGCUGGAGGUUAUGAGAAGCUCAGCACCAACGAAGAGAUCGCCACAAAAACCACCGACUCUUCAUUCGGGGAGUACAGCGACAGAAUCAUCGAAUGCGAGGAAGAUGCGGAGGACGAAGAGGAUGAUAUCGUGUACAUGUCACAAGAUGGGACGGUGUAUAGGAAGUUCAAAUAUGGACUCUUGGAUGACGAUGAGAUCGAGCUAGAGUAUGAUGAUGAAAGCUACUCGUACAGAUGAAAAGAAAGCACAAAAGACCUGAGUGGAGAAGAGUAGCUCUUCCUUUUGAAUCACUCCAGUCUAAACAUGUUGUGAAAAUUGUUUCUUCGUUUGGAAAGCGCUUGAACCAGACGGGUGACUGGCUCUUCAGACACCUGAUUCCUUUUUCAUUCUUCACUUUUUUUUUUUUUUUGCAAAAUCAGCGGGUGGAGCAGUCGAAAACAUGAUUGUUAAGGUGUAAUCAAGAUUUUACACUGGUCCAAUAUCUAAUUUCUAAUUAUGUGAGCUGACAUUUUGCUUAUGACAAAUGAUGUCCAGCCAUCUCCAACUUAAUAUCUUGCCACAGCUGUUUGACACUUACAGUUGUUUGCUAUGACUACAUCUAACUCUCCCUCAGUGUGAAUUGCAGUAGUAAAAGGGGCCGCAAAAAAUGUGAUUAAAGUAGUUUUUCUCUCUCCAGCUUGCACAGAUACAUAAAACCCUGAGAACAAACAUAAACGAGGCUCUCUGAAGAUCUGGUCCAAGCCUGGCCACAAUGUUUUACAUACUUUAUGUAAAUCUAUAUCAAAAAUACAGUUAAUCAUAUGACUAGUGUCGAGUUAGUCAGCAGGCGUUUUUUGAUUGUUAAAGCUGCUACAAGGUUGAAUGUUGAUGUUUUCCUGGUGUAAUCUUUUGCCUCAACUUCAGUAAUUUUGGUUUAAUGCGUUUGUUUACAUUUUCUAGAAUAAAACGUAUCAUUGAAAGAAAAUUUAAAUAUGUUUACAACAAAAAAACAAUGUGAUCAUCAUUGUCUGUUUCUGCAUCAUUUGGUUUAAAGCAUUUAUUAAUCACUGUCAGUAUUUUGCCGGUAGAAUUUCUUUUUGUUUAAUUUGUAAAGUUGACUGUGUAUCACACUGCUGGAGUCGCCUCGGGAUUCACAGCAAUAUUUACACUGAAACACCAUCUCACCUGUGACUCUGUGUGGAACUGUUUGGAUCUUAUCCGGUUAGUUUACACAGCGAGGAACAGUUGUUCUCAGGGUUUCAUCUCGUUCAGUGAUAUACUGGCACCUGCACAUCUGGGCAUGUGUCCAGUUUUGUGCUCUUAACACAGCAGAAAGAUGCAGCAGAAGUGAUUUAUCAGCACUUUUCUUUCGGCAAAAAUAUAAAAUAUAUUUUUAACUCUGCUCUUGUGUUCUGUGCAUUUGGCUUGUGUCGCUGUGUCCCUGAGAUAAUAAAAGGAAAUUGUGAAUAGCAAAUAAUUAGAAUUUUUCUCUACUCUGUUGAGGUUGCCUGUGUGCUCGUUUCAUAAUAAAACUGGAAUUUGAUCUGUGUCGUAA